AUGUCAGACAUCCACACAGAUAAAAAACACACCAUAGGAAUGCCACGACUGACACCAGAACAACGCGAGAGAGCCCUGGGUAUGAUACAGAUGGGAGCCACUCAUGCCCACAUCGCCAGAACCUUCGGUUGUUCCCGUGUUACUGUUACAAACUUGAUGCAACGCUACAGGCAAACAGGGCAGACAUCAGACAGGCCAAGAACAGGCAGACCCAGGGUGACUUCGCCCCGUGAUGACCGGUACAUGCGAACCUUGCAUCUACGACAUCGCUUCCUGACAGUGACGUCAUCAGCAAUGUAUGCCUUAGGUCACAAGGUUAGUAGACAGACAGUGGCCAGGCGACUCAGGACUCAUGGAAUAAGGGCUUACAGACCAUAUAGAGGACACUUACUGACACCACAACAUCGUCGUUUGAGACUGACAUGGGCUAGGACUGUACGACGUUGGCAGCGACGUGAUUGGCUGCGGGUUCUUUUCACUGAUGAAAGCCGGUUCUGUUUGUUCAGAGUUGAUGGAAGACAGCGUGUGUACCGCCGUAGAGGAGAACGAGUGGUUGCUUCUUGCGUUCAGGAGAUCGUGCCAUAUGGUGGAGGGAGUGUCAUGGUGUGGGGAGGUAUCUGUGCACAGGAAAGGACACCAUUGGUCAUCGUUACAGGGAUGACAUUCUUCGUCCAACUGCAAUACCAUUUCUCCAACGGCAGCCACGUGGUGUCAUUUUUCAACAAGACAACGCCAGACCUCAUACAGCCAGAAUCGUACAGAACUUCCUUAGAGCCAACAACGUAA